AGCAGACGAGCUAAUAUCCCCCACAUCCUCUCACUACUGCAGCGCGUAUCAGGUCCUCCCGGCACUCACGUCGUCAUCCCUGCAGCGAACUGCACCGUCUCCACCAGUGAUCCGGAAAGAACCGAAAAUCGAGAGUACCUCGGAGACUCAGCUCUUGAAUCCAGAGGGGCUGGAAGGGACCUCGGAAAACAGCGACCCCGGCCCCUUCAUCUUCAAGGUGAGGAAACUGACACCUUCCCAGAGGAAGUGACUUGUUCCAGAUCCCAGGAAGCAGAUUCACUAGAAGGCCUAUCAGAUGAGGAGACAACUGAUACUGAGGAUCAUGGGGAUGAUGGGGAAUCGGAAUCAUCUGAUCACCGGAGUGUUAUCCUGCACCUAAUCUCCCAACUUAGAUUCGGAAUGGACCUCACCAAAGUUGUGUUUCCCACCUUCAUCCUGGAGAAGAGGUCCCUCCUGGAAAUGUUUGCUAACUUCAUGGCCCAUCCAGAUCUGCUCUUGUCCAUAGGGUCCGGGACGACUCCCGAGGACAGAGCCAUCUCUUUUGUGGAGUAUUACCUGACGUCUUUCCACGAGGGCCGCAAAGGCUCAGUGGCCAAGAAGCCCUACAACCCCAUCAUAGGGGAGACGUUUCUCUGCUCCUGGGACGUCCCCCAGGACUGCAUCAGGCCCUUACAAAGAGAGAAAAUCAGGGUGGAACCUGAGGCUGAGGCCAGGGCCAAGGCUGUGGUUGAGGCUGAGACCAAGGCUAAAGCUGAGGCUGAAGACUUGAGAGUAAAAUCAAGUGAAAAAAGGACUUCUCCCCAUAAAGACUUUCACAAGCCAAAACUGUACAAGUUGAGGUUUGUGGCUGAGCAGGUGUCCCAUCAUCCCCCAGUAUCCUGUUUUUACUGUGAGUGCAAGGAGAAAGGAUUAUUUGUGAAUACCCACGUAUGGACCAAAAGCAAGUUCAUGGGCAUGUCUGUAGGGGUGUCCUUGAUUGGGGAAGGCACUCUUCGGCUCACCGACUAUGGGGAGGACUAUGUCUUCACGCUGCCCAGUGCCUACGCCCGCUCCAUUCUGACCAUCCCGUGGGUGGAGCUCGGUGGCAAAGUCACCAUGAACUGCGCCAAGACUGGCUACUCGGCACUCGUCAUCUUCCACACGAAGCCCUUCUACGGAGGGAAGGUCCACAGAGUCACAGCAGAGGUGAAGCACGAUCCCACCAACACCGUCGUGUGCAAGGCCCAGGGCGAGUGGAACGGCAUCUUGGAGUUUACGUACAGCAGCGGACAAACCAAAGUGGUCAACACGGCCACGCUGCCCGUCUACCCAAAGAAGAUCCGGCCCAUUGAUAAGCAAGGACCCAUGGAAUCCAGGAACCUCUGGAGAAAUGUCACGAGCUGCAUGAGUGAGGGCGACAUGAACCUGGCCACCGAGUUCAAGAGGCACCUGGAGGACAAGCAGCGCAAGGACGAGCAGAACCGGGCAGAGCUCAAAGUGGAGUGGCAGCCAAAGUAUUUUAGGAAGGAGGGUAAUGGCUGGGUCUUUACGAAGCGUCUGUGGACAUCCCAAUGACGAGGAUAAACGCAGUGUUCUCCGAGAUGGAGCUGCCUUUACAGGCAUUAAAAUGGUGCCGCAUAGGAGGUUCGGGGUAUUGGCCACGUCCUGUUGGGAAGUUCAAAUGUUCUUUGGAUUUUUGGGUUUGAUUUUUUUUAAAGGACAGAAAAGUCAUGUACUAGGAGUGACGCCCUCCGAAGCCUAGCUGGAUCCUCAAGUCACGCGUGUAAAGAUAUGUGAGUGCGUGUUCGGUGUGGAUGGGUGUGUAAGCAGUGUCUGCUUUACACACACACCCCCGCACCCUACACAUGUGGAGACCAGGCACGAUUAUUACCCUUAUAAAAAUGAACUGCCGAUGAUCCCGAGAA